GCGUGCGCGUGUGUGUGUUCACAGUCACACAGAUGGAGUCGGGCAGUGUCGUGUACGGAGCCUCUCUGGCCGGUGCGGGAUUUGAUCUCAUUAAAUUCAUCAAACAGCCUCAAACUAUCACACGAAUCUUCUGCUGGGUGUUUUCCAUUGUGGUAUUUGCCUCUAUAACAGCUGAAGGUUACGUGAACGGCAGCAAUGAACAGCAGGUCAGGUGUGUCUUCAACAGGAAUGACGGGGCGUGUCAUUACGGGGUCGGCAUCGGUGUCAUCGCCUUCCUGGCGUGCGUAGCCUUCCUAUUGGCUGAUGCUUACCUGCCUUUGAUGAGCAAUGCUCAGGAUAGGAAGUAUGUUGUGAUGGCUGAUUUGGCAUUCUCAGGGUCCUGGACGUUCCUGUGGUUUGUGUGUUUCUGUCUCAUGUCAGAUCAGUGGUCAAAGACCCUUGACAUCCGUGGCAUUCCCACAGACGCUGUCCAUGCUGUCAUCGCCUUUUCAUUCUUUUCCAUCGCCUCAUGGGGUGUGUUAACUUAUUUCGCUCUGGUGAGGUUUCGUCAGGGUGUUGAAGAUGUGAUGCAGAACCACACUGAGCCGCCCCCCAACCACACUGAGCCGUACCCGAGCGGCACAUAUACGCCACCGACAUACCCGUCCUUCCAAAACACCCGUCCAGAAAUCUACCAACAACCUCCCUUCAUACCAAACCCUGAUCCGGUCGGCCAGAGCAGCUAUCAGCUGCCCACCUACUGACACGUGACAGCGAUGUGGGAGGAGCCUCCACAGGCAGCCAAUAGGAACUUUUGUUUGCGCCAUAGAGAUACUUUUUGCAUGAGGCGAUUAAAAGCUGUAAAUAUUUAAGAAUUGAUUUGUUUUUUAAUUUAUGUUGUUGUCUCAUGUGACUUUAGGUUUUGAGUUUCAAAUUUGCAUCGAUGAGUUUGAAUUUGAAGAAUUCUGUAGUAAUUUACUGUGAAGCGACUGACGUCAGAGCGGGUUUAUCGCCCAUACUGAAUCGCAACUGUGUGUUGUUUCUGUGUUGAACUAUUCCUUUAACAUUUCCACAGAUACCGGAGCAGGAAUGUGGUGUGUUGGUUUAGAAACAGACAGACACUGUGUUCAUGAAAAGAUCCGAAUGACCCAGUUGCUGGUUAUUGUGUUAGUGAAGGACUGGCCUGUUCAGAAGAAAACAUCAUGUAAUUAAGCAUGUAAUUCACUGUAAAAAUGUGCUACAGACUCCAGACUUGACACUAUAACAUCCUGUGACAUUUUUCUCAUCACCAUAAAGAAAAAU